GCAGUGCUUUGUUUCAGCAAAGGAGCAAAGGAACAAGCAGAGAGUUUUGGAGCGACGUGUUAGCAUAAAGCCAGAAGAUAUAUAGUAGCCUUGAAUACAAGGCGGCUUAGAGAGGAGAGAGAGAAUGGCAAGGCAAGGUGUAGCCUCCAUGUUAGCUACGGCAUUGCUCCUCGGGGUCUUUGCCUCGAUCCCUCAAAGCGCAGAGUCCAUCGGGGUGUCCUACGGCAUGAGCGGCACCAACCUACCGCCGGCAAGCACCGUCAUCGGCAUGUACAGCUCCAACGGCAUCUCGUCGAUGCGGCUGUACGCGCCAGACCAGGCGGCGCUCCAGGCCGUGGGCGGCACAGGCAUCAGCGUCGUUGUCGGCGCGCCCAACGACGUGCUGUCCAGCAUCGCCGCCAGCCCCACCGCAGCCGCUUCCUGGGUCCGCAACAAUAUCCAGGCCUACCCGUCCGUCUCCUUCCGCUACGUAUGCGUCGGCAACGAGGUGGACGGCGGCGCGGCGCAGAACCUUGCCCCGGCUAUGGAGAACAUCCAUUCCGCGCUGGUCGCCGCCGGGCUGGACCACAUCAAGGUCACAACGUCGGUGUCGCAGUCCAUCCUGGGCGUGUACAGCCCACCCUCCGUCGCCGAGUUCACCGACGAGGCGCAGGGAUUCAUGGGCCCCGUCCUGAAGUUUCUCGAGCGCACCGGCGCGCCGCUCAUGGCCAGCGUCUACCCCUACUUCAGCUACACCUACAACCCGAACGCCAUGGACAUCAACUACGCGCUCUUCACAGCUCCCGGCACCGUCGUGCAGGACGGCGCCUACGGGUACCAGAACCUCUUCGACGUGACCGUCGAUGCCUUCUACAUGGCGAUGGGCAACCACGGCGGCUCCAGCGUGCCGCUGGUGGUGUCGGAAAGCGGGUGGCCGUCCAGUGGUGGCAUCGCGGCGACGCCAGAGUACGCGAGUAUCUACAACCAGAACCUGAUCAACCACGUCGGGCGGGGAACGCCGCGCCACCCGGGCGCCACCGAGACGUACCUCUUCUCCAUGUUCAACGAGAACCUGAAGGAGAGCGGCGUGGAGCAGAACUGGGGGCUCUUCUACCCCAACAUGCAGCACGUCUACCCCAUCAGCUUCAACUGAAGCUAUAGCUCGAGCUCCACGUACUAUACCCCCACCGUAUGUCCGUACGUCAAUAAGUAUGUAUACGUAUGCAGCAUGUAUACUUAUGCGUACCCGGAGAUUAUGUAUUUUAAAGGGCUUGCUGUGCGACAGCUGGGAGUAUCGAAUGCUACUCUUGCGUACGCCGUGACGAUUUUUUAGUUGAGAGACCAUGCAUGGUCGAUAAAUGACUUGUGAUGAAUAAUUGUCUUGGAUUUGAUAUAUUUAUUGAAAUUGAGAUUUGGAGGGCUUUGGGGAUUUAACA